GAAACCCUGCGGUCACUUUCGUCCCCGCGCUGGAACGUGGUUGGGGUGACUCUUGUAGUGAUGGGGCGAGACUCGGAGUGGAGGUCAGCCAUGUCAUCUGAACCUCCUCCGCCACCACAGCCCCCCACCCACCAGGCUUCAGUAGGGCUGCUGGACACCCAUCGGGUCCGCAAUCGCUCACCAUCCCCUCUCCGGGGCAAUGUGGUCCCCAGCCCACUGCCCACUCGCCGGACAAGGACCUACUCAGCGACGGUAAGGGCCUCACAGGGUCCAGUCUACAAAGGAGUCUGUAAAUGCUUCUGCCGAUCCAAGGGCCACGGCUUCAUCACCCCAGCAGACGGCGGCCCCGAUAUCUUCUUGCACAUCUCCGAUGUGGAAGGGGAGUACGUCCCGGUGGAAGGUGAUGAGGUCACCUAUAAGAUGUGCUCCAUCCCACCCAAGCACGAGAAGCUGCAGGCUGUGGAGGUGGUCAUCACACACCUGGCACCCGGCACCAAGCACGAGACCUGGUCUGGCCACGUCAUCAGCUCCUAGGAGAGGCCAGAAGCACUCCUUCUUCUGGGCUUCAGGGAGACUCUGGGGGGAGGAGGAGGCAGGACCCGACCAGACAUGACAUUGCACUGUCUGAGAUAUGCCUCAAAGAGGGGGAGCGUGGUUCCUUUCAAGUGUCUCCUAGAGGAAGGGUGUUGGGCAGGCACAGGGGUGUCUUGGCCACCAGCACAGUCUCUGACCACCACAACAACUUCACCAUCUGAAAGUAUUAAAAGCAUUGAACAAGGAGAGGUGCCUGCUGCUGGCUGAGUAGAGGGUCCAACCCUCCCCCAGGGGGUGGGUCAUGUGGUAUUUCUCCAGCCCACAGAGUCCCUCAUCCCAGUCCCUCUGGGGUUGGAGGCUCAACAUUGCACUAGGUGGUGACUUGCAUGCUGUGUGUCUCCCCAGCAUGACUUGCCACCCAGUGCCCUCUUCUUGUGUCUCCUUGGCCUGGGGCACAACAGGCAUUUUUGUAGAUUCUAGGCUUGGCUGGUUCUAGGGCAGCUGGCUUCAAGGGGUGGGAGGAGAGGGUUGGAGUAAGGUCUUGGGUGCCUUUGUAGCAGGAGGUGUCCCAGCUGGGUGUCCAGAAAAGUUUGUCCAAGAACCCUUAGCCCCGCCACCUGGGCAUGCAAUGCUGAGAUCUGAGUUCUAACGCUUAGGAACCUGGCUUUUCCUUUUGUCUCCAAGUUGAGUGAUCACAGCUCAGCAGCCAUUUCACAUCCCCUGUCAUGUGGGUGGUGGGUGGUGGGUGGGAGCAGGCAGGAGAAGGGAGUGGAGGGGGAGGGUGUUUAUUGAAAAACAGACCUUUCUCCCAUCCAGAAAAGAGUAGGUAGCUUGCUUUCUGACAGCCUGGGAAAGUCAAACGUUGAAGGAGAAAUACACCUUCGGUGAAGGGGUUUGCUUGAAAGCGGCUCUAAAGAAAUGCUUAGGAGUUUUUGUCUGCAAAUAACCGUGGCUGUCACCCAGAGCCAGCUCUGUUUACGUUUUGACAUUGCGAACCUUUGUACAUAGUUCCAGUCAACAAAUCUUUAGGAUUUUAUUUGAUGUGGUUUGGUUUGGCUUUGUGAUUUCAACAUAGAAACAACUGGGUAAUAUGUUCUGAAAUAUGUGGCUUAUAUGUAGUCAAGAAUCCAUUUGUCAUCACGGGGAAGUGACUCCUUUAAAGCUGGCCUUUGAGCAGACCAGGAUGUUCCAGACAAAAGACAGGACUGUGGAUGCAGGAAGCAGUACCUGGUUUCAUCAGGCGUCUUCCGUUCUGAGGACAGCUUCAUCUUUCAGCCUGGAGAGGGCGUCCUUGGAAGGGGGCGGGAGGCUGGAACUGCUUUGCUGAUGGCUGGUGCAGUUGU